AUGGCGAAACUAUCACAGCAAAAUCAGAGGAACAAUUCAAACAACACUAUUACUAAUAAUAAUGCAAAUAAUAUUAGUGGUUCAGUGGUUAAGGUGAAAAGAACAAGAAAAACUGUUCCAAGAGACUCUCCUCCUCAACGUAGCUCCAUUUAUCGAGGAGUCACAAGGCAUCGAUGGACGGGUAGAUAUGAAGCUCAUUUAUGGGAUAAAAAUUGCUGGAAUGAGUCUCAGAACAAGAAAGGAAGACAAGUUUAUCUUGGUGCUUAUGAUGAUGAAGGAACAGCUGCUCAUGCUUAUGAUUUGGCUGCACUUAAAUACUGGGGAAGUGAAACCAUUCUUAAUUUUCCGCUAUCAACCUAUGAAAAAGAAAUCAUAGAAAUGGAAUGUCAGUCCAGAGAAGAAUAUAUUGGAUCCUUGAGAAGGAAGAGCAGUGGAUUCUCAAGAGGAGUUUCCAAAUAUCGUGGAGUGGCAAGACAUCACCAUAAUGGAAGAUGGGAAGCUCGAAUUGGCAGAGUUUUUGGCAACAAGUACCUUUACCUUGGAACAUAUGCUACACAAGAAGAAGCUGCAACUGCAUAUGACAUGGCAGCUAUUGAAUAUCGCGGACUAAAUGCUGUGACCAAUUUUGACCUUAGCCGUUACAUCAAAUGGCUAAAACCUAACAACAACUAUAACAACAACAACAAAAACAUUGAUCAUUCAACACCUAAUGUUGAAACUAACAUGAUCCUAACUCCAAAUCAUAGUACCACUAUACUUGAUGCCUCGAUAUCUCAAACCCGACCACCUUCUGCCACGUCAGCCCUUGGGCUACUGCUCCAAUCUACCAAGUUCAAGGAAAUGAUGGAAAUGACCUUAGCGGCCGAGUGCCCGCCUGCACCGGUCGAAUUAUCCGACCCGGAACCGCCACAAAUUAGUAGCUUCCCUGAGGAUAUGAAAACUUACUUUGAUACUCAAGAAUUUGGUAAUUUUGGUCAUGACCAAGGAGAGGAUAUGAUUUUUAAUGAGAUCAACUCCUUCAUGCAACAACUUUUAGAAUAUGAGUUUAAUGCUUAG